UGAAACGCGUGGGAGGUGUGGGAGGUCACACACUGGACCAGCGGAAUUAUUACGACAGCGCCACUGCCUGUCGCUACCUCUGGCCCAGAUAUAUAAGCAGGGCCAGUGCUGACGAGGGCAGCACUCGACGCCCAGCACCUCAACAUGAAGCUUGUGAUCAUCGCCGCCCUCGUCGCCGUGGCCUUCGCCGCCCCUGACAGAACCUAUGGCACCCCUGACUCCGGAUCCAGCGAGGAGGCAGAGAUCCUGCAGCACGACUUUGUUCUUGAGGAGGACGGCAGGUACAACCUGGACGUGAAGACCAGCAACGGUAUCUCUGUGGCCCAGCACGGCAGCCCCGACGGCCCCGAGGGCGCCGUGGUCAAGAGUGGAGUGUUCUCCUACACCGCCCCUGACGGCACCCCUGUUGAGGUGAAGUUCGUCGCCAACGAGCACGGCUACCAGCCUGAGUCUGACCUGCUGCCCGUGGCACCAGAGUUCCCCCACCCCAUCCCCGAUUUCGUGCUGGCCCAGAUCGCUAAGGCCGCCGAGGAGGACCGCAACCGCUCUCCCGAGGACAGAUACACCUAUGCCUAAACACCUUCCAUUACCUGAACGUCACAGACUGAGAAAGCAUUACUCCUGAAAUGACCACUUGAAACAUGCAAUACCAUGAAAAAUGAGUGACACCCAUGAGCAGCUCGAGUCGCGUCACUUGGGUCUCAGUGAAGUGUGAUGUGCGUUGUUUGUAUAGAUAUUUUUUUUUCUUAUUUAUUUGUCUGAAAUAAAGUUAUAUAUCAAAA